AUGUCGGACCACAAUCAAUAUGGUUUCGAGACAGAUGCAAUGACUUUGCAACGAUUCAUUCUCCAGGAACAAGAAAAACACCCAGAAGCAUCGGGAGAGUUCACCCAUUUGAUGACAGCGAUGUUGGUGGCUGUCAAGGCUAUCGCAUCCGCCACUCAGAAAGCUGGAUUGGCUAAAUUGUAUGGAAUUGCUGGUUCAACGAAUGUUCAAGGAGAAGAAGUGAAGAAAUUGGAUAUACUCUCGAAUGAAUUGAUGAUCAAUAUGUUGAAGGCAUCAACUGAGACAUGUUUGCUAGUCUCUGAAGAAAACGAUGAAUUGAUUACCGUGGAAGAAAGACGUCGAGGCAACUACAUUGUGUGUUUUGAUCCCCUCGAUGGAUCAUCAAACAUCGAUUCAUUGAUUUCAAUUGGAACCAUUUUUGGAAUCUUUAAGAGGACUUCGACUGUUGGUGAUCCAAACGAAACUGAUGUUCUUCGACCAGGCAAAGAAAUGGUUGCUGCCGGAUAUGCACUUUAUGGAUCGGCUACUAUGGUUGUGCUUUCAUUGGGUGAUGGAGUCAAUGGGUUUACUCUUGAUCCGUCGAUUGGAGAGUUCAUUCUCACUCAUCGCAACAUGAAAUGCAAACCAAAGGGAAGUACCUACUCGUUAAAUGAAGGAUAUGCAGCGACAUGGAGUAAGGGAAUCGCUCAAUACAUCAACGACCGCAAAUUUCCACCGGCGGGCAAGAAAGGAAUGGGCCAACGAUAUGUGGGAUCAAUGGUAGCUGAUGUACAUAGAACCCUCCUUAAUGGAGGCAUCUUUCUUUAUCCACCCACUGCCGCCGCACCAAAUGGAAAGCUUCGCUUGAUGUACGAAUGCAAUCCAAUGGCCUUCAUUAUGGAGCAUGCCGGUGGAAUUGCUACAACUGGAAAGGAGAGAAUCCUCGACAUUGUUCCAACAAAAAUCCACCAACGAGCCCCAAUCAUUCUCGGAUCGAAACAAGAUGUUGAAGAGGUCUUGGAAUACAUUCAAAAAUACGAUUUG